CCGAACCUCAGCUCCGUGUCUCACAGCCAGCCUCGGACUGACGUACGGAUCUCACAAAGCCCUCCCACACUCGAAAAAGCCAAGCCAGAAGCAACACCAAAAAGGAGAGAGAGAGAGAAGAGGGACUGAGAGUUUAAGAGAGAGAAAGAGAGUGGAGUGAGUUUCCUUAGAGAGAGAAAGAAAGAUGGGCCAGAUCGUGAAGAGGAAGAAGAAAGGGAGGCCAUCGAAGGCAGAUCUGGCGAGGCGACCGCUUUCUCCGUCACCGGCGCCGGAAUCAGAGAUCCGGCGGAGCAUAAGGCGGAGAAAUGUGCGGUACGACAUAGACUACUACGAGGAUUACUUUGACGAAGAGGACGAGGACGAGGAAGAAGAGAGGAGGAGAGAGAAGAAGCUUAAGCUGGUAUUGAAACUGAACCAGGGGAGCGAGUCAGCUGAGCCGGCUCGGAGCCGGUCUCGCUCGUCGGCGCGUGAAGGACACGCGUCGGACGAGGAGGAAGAAGAAGAGGAAGAGGAAGAGGAUAAGCCUUUGAAGAAGAGAAAAAUCAAUGGUGGUGAUGUUAGUGAAAGUGAAGAAGAUGAUAAUAAUAAUUAUGAUGAAGAGGCGAGGGGGAGAAAACUGCUGGCAAAAGGGCAGGACUCGGCUCCAGGGACGCCGGUGAAUCAAUCAGUCGAGAUUCCGUUGCCUGACAAGAAGUCAUUGGAGUUGAUUCUGGACAAAUUGCAGAAGAAGGAUACAUAUGGUGUGUAUGCAGAGCCAGUUGAUCCUGAGGAGCUUCCGGAUUAUCAUGAGGUGAUAGAGCAUCCAAUGGACUUUGCCACGGUGAGGAAGAAGCUGGGAAAUGGAUCAUAUUCUACCUUGGAUCAAUUUGAGAGUGAUGUAUUUCUAAUAUGCUCAAAUGCAAUGCAAUACAAUGCACCAGACACUGUAUAUCAUAGACAGGCACGUACCAUUCAAGAGCUGGCGAGGAAAAAAUUCCAUAGGUUAAGGGUUGGUAUUGAACGCUUUGAGAAAGAGCUCAAGCCAGAGAAAGAGCUCAAGUUGGAGAAGGAGCUCAAAUUAGAGAAAGAAGUUAGGUCUGAACAACGGCCAAAAUCUAACUUUUUGGCAAAGAAGCAAACAAAGAAACCGUUCAGCCGGACCUUGCAGGAACCUGUUGGAUCUGACUUCUCCUCAGGUGCCACUCUUGCCACCACCGGAGAUAUCCAGAAUGGUAAUAUUGCAUUCCAAACUGGUGGUUGUGAGAGGCCUAGCAAUACUGAUGGGCUUGUAGAGGGUAAUUCUUCCCUGGUUGAUAAUAAUUCAGAGAGGGUGGAAGAACUAUCAUCAGGGAAGGGUCUCCUAUCUAAAUUGGGGAGGAAGACAUCUGUGGUUGAUGAGAACCGUCGUGCAACUUAUAACUUAUCCAAUCAGCCCUUGGUCAGAUCAGAUUCAAUAUUUACAACCUUUGAGGGUGAAAUCAAGCAGCUAGUUGCCGUUGGCCUCCAUGCAGAAUAUUCCUAUGCCAGGAGCUUGGCCCGUUUUGCUGCUGCUCUUGGUCCUGUUGCUUGGAAAGUUGCCUCUCAGAGGAUUGAGCAAGCACUACCUCCGGGAUAUAAGUUUGGUCGUGGAUGGGUUGGAGAAUAUGAGCCACUUCCAACCCCAGUAUUAAUGAUUGAGAACCGUGCACAGAAAGAAUCUUCCCUGUUUACAAAAUUCCAAUCUACAGCUGAUCUGCAAAAAGAUGAUAUGGCUUUUAAAACCCCUGUUCCUACUAAGGUGCACCCUGUUAGUCGGCCUAUUUCAGAAGGGAAUUCAUCUUUGUUUCGUCCUCCAAGUGGGUCAACCUCAGAAGGAAAGCCCCCAUUCUUUGCUUCUCCCAAAGCAAAACUGAGUACCCCUGCUAGUGUUGUUCAUCAGCAACAUAAUCCAUUUUCUAGGACUUUAGCUGAGCCUGAGAAUAAGGUCUCAAAGCAAGUUGAAUUGAAUUUGCCACCUUCAGCAAGCCAGAAUAAUAGUGAUCUUGUUGCUGCAAAACAGUUUUCAAAUAAAUUAGAAAUGGUAGCCUCUAGGCCAAAUGAGAUGGAAGAGGACCCAACAAUAAUUAGAUAA